GGUGGCAACGAAAGACAUUCACAAAACUGAGGUCAUGACGACGAAAGCAGGUUUUCCUCAAGCAGUCGUUUUAUUUGCGAGCUGGAGAGAUGGUGCGCGUCUUUUGAGCUCGGAACGAUAUGGCAACUUGAGUUUCAGAGCAGCAGCUGCUUGAUUUUCUGCAAAUAUGAGUCUUAUUCUUCGAGGCAUUUGCGCUAUAGCGUGCGUUUCGCAGUCGAUCCGACCCGCGGUUCAACAGCAGCUUCCUAAUCAUCGCGUCAGCUCAAGGCAAACAUCUUUCUCACAAUCAGCGCCGAGAUCCCCGUGUCCGGAAUAUUUUCAAUAUCAAGCGGAUACAUGGAGCGGUGAAUUACGAGGUGUUUUGGCCAUACCCCCACCUCAAGAUAGCACAAGAGUUACCGUGAAUUUAGGAUUUCGCAUCAAUGCCAGACUGGGACAGGGUAGUUUCACCGGCUCUCUUGAUCUGACCGAACACAAAGACAACGUUAUCAGCCGAUUGAGACAAGGAAACCGAAAUCCCGUUACUUACAAAGUGGUUUUCCCCACUCAAAAUCCAAUCCCAGUGCUAACAAGCAUCGUAGUGAAUCGUCAAUCAAUAUGCUCCAGUCACCCAGGAACAUCCAACGGUUACUACACAGACGUGACCUUAAAUCAUGAAUUGAUUUCUCCAUACCCUAUAAUUUUUGCCUCGAACAGCUACCCUGGUAAUAAUAAUGGGGUAGAUAUCAAUCAAGUCUCGGCCCUAGCUCCAGUUCCACAGGCUCCACAGCAAAUAAUAUCAACGACAACAUGGACAACACAAAGGACCACAGCAACCCCCCGUCCACCGCCUCCGCCGACACAGGCACCAACUACUAAAGCACCCGUCGAUACAGAGAAAUACAGCACAUGUGGAGUGUCUCCGCAAGUGGCGAAUUUGGUUGUGAACGGCGAGACCGUGGCAAAGGGAGCGUGGCCCUGGCUCAGCGCAAUUUAUGACAUCACUAAUACAGGUUUAUCAUUCAUCUGCGGAGGAUCUCUUGUUACUAAAAGACACGUUAUUACUGCUGCGCAUUGUAUGGUCACGACCCAAGGAAGCGCAACGUUGAAACAACCAGAAAAUGUGAUGGUUUACUUGGGAAAGUACAAUGUUAUCAACUUCGCUGAACAAAGCACUGCCACAGAAAUUUCAGACAUAGCCGCCCACCCAGAGUACACAGGCGAACUCGAGUACGCCGGCAUCGACCUGGCAAUUCUCACAUUCAAGGUUCCAGCAUCGUUUGGACCUUUCAUCAGGCCCGUCUGCUUGUGGGAUUCGACCAAGAAGUAUCCGCAAACUGGAAAAGUGGUCGGCUGGGGAAAGGACGAAUACGGCAAUGUUAUCUCUAAAACACCGAAGCAAGUUGACAUGCCGAUUGUUACCAAUGAACAGUGCCUCAGAGCUAAUCCAGAUUACAUCCAGAUAACUUCAGAGACGACUUUUUGUGCUGGCAACAGAGAUGAUUCCGGUCCUUGUAAGGGUGAUAGCGGCGGAGGACUCUACGUUUGGGACGAGAAUUCGAGGAGAUGGGCAAUCAGAGGUGUAGUGAGCCAGUCCCUGUGGGAUCCAGAAAAACGUUCAUGCGACCUCAAAAAUUAUGUCACGUUCACUGACAUAAGCAAGCUUCUCGACUGGAUUAAACAGGAGAUUCGACAGUAGGAAUGGAAACGAGUAGUUACACCGAUCCUGUUUUUGUACAGUUGCGGCGCCAAUGCCCUACAUAUUUAAUAAUUUUCCUAUUAACCUUAUUAAAAACUUAAAAUGCUAAAAUCAUUGCUGAGGCAAAUCUAUGACACAAAAAUCAUGAUAAUUGACAAGAAAAGCGCGAAAAAGCAUCAAAUUUAACAUAUGAGGAGAAGACACAAAAGAUGAGGAUUUAAAAUUUUAAAAUCAAUAUUAGCAUGAGGUGCAAAAGCUAACUCUGUGCUGUCACUUUCUUUCAUUCCUCGUGUCAAGUCUUUUGGCAUACAGUAGUUUAUUUACUCAUUUGAAGAUCGUUUUCUGCGUUUUAAACUUGAAACACUUACCCACUAAAGUAAUUCAUAUUAUAUUUUCUUAAAACAAUUAUAGGCACCCUAUUUGGCGUGGCGGGCAUUUGAAAAUUAAACAGUGCGUAAAUUAAAAUAUUUGUUCGGUGGCACUUUUUUCUUCUACAGCAAGCUGUUGUUGGAUGCAUGUUUUAAAUGCAAAUUAACAGCAAAAUAAACUUCAACCUCUGCUCAUUGUUAAUAAAGUUGAAGGUUUUUAGCCAUAAAAGACAUCAACAAGACCAGUUAAAUUAUGUUUUUAUAAUGUGUAACAAUAUCAAAAUAAAUCAAUGUUUUUCCUUGAUCUUCA